AUGCCGGAGAAGGAUGUUGCUGCCUGGAACGCGAUGAUGAACCUCUAUGUUGAGAAUCAGGACUUUGAUUCUGCUAAAGAAAUCUUUGAUAGAAUGAAAGCCAGAGAUGUGUUCUCGUGGACUGCGAUGAUCACUGCAUACUCGCACAGUGGGGAUUUGGAGAGCGCAAAAGCUUGUUUCGAUCGAAUGAAGCGUCGUAACUCCGUUACAUGGAAUGCUAUGUUAGCUGCCUACAUACGAAAUGGCCAUACGGUAGAAGCCGAGUCUUUUUUCCGAAAGAUUCCGCGGCCUGAUGCUGUUUCGUGGAACUCAAUCAUAUCCGCAGUUGCCAAAUGCGGGGAUUUGCGGCGAGCAAGACAACUUUUCGAUCAGUCACCGGAGAAAAACGUCGUAACUUACAACACGAUGAUCACCAGCUUUGUUCAGACCAAUCGUGUCGAUCUCGCAAAGAAUUUCUUCGAUCGGAUGGAAGAGAAAGACUCGGUUUCGUGGAACGCGAUGAUAACCGGGUAUGCCCAAAGCGGCCAUCUCGACAAAGCCCGAGAGAUGUUUGAUCGAAUGCCCGACAGAGAUAGAGAUCCGGCGUCCUGGAACUCGAUGAUAAGCGGAUACGCUCUUGAAGGACGCCUCGAGGAUGCGAAGUUCCUGUUUGAUUCCAUGGCCGGGAAGAGAAACUUGGUGUCCUGGAACGCUCUCAUCGCUGGCUACGGGCAGAAUGGCUAUGGAAAAGAAGCCAUCAAUCUCUUCAAGAAAAUGGUGCUGGAGUUUCGAUCGGAGCUUCCAAACAAGGUGACUUGCAUCAGUGUUUUGGAUGCCUGCGCGAGCAGCCUCUCGCUGAGCGAUGGCCGAGCUAUGCACGCCAGGAUCUUCCUCUACGGCGUCCAGUCCGAGACAGUGGUGGGAAACUCGCUCAUCAACAUGUAUGGGAAGUGUGGCUUGCUGGAUCAAGCCGCGAGAAUUCUCAUCACGAUGCCUCACGCCAAUUCGAUCUCCUGGAACACCUUGAUCGGAUCGUAUGCUCAGCUCGGCCGCGCGGCGAUCGCAAUCCAGCUCCUUCCGCUCAUGAUCUGCGAGGGAUUCCAGCCCUGCCAGGUGACUUUCUCGGGGGUUCUCUCGGCUUGCGGCCAUGGAGGGCUGUGGAGCAGAGCGCGCGAGUUCUUCGUGUCGAUGGUGGGCGAUUUUGGGGUAGCACCCAUCGCCGGGCACUACGCGUGCGUGAUCGAUCUUCUGGGCCGCUCCGGGCUGCUGAUCGAGGCUCAGGAUUUGCUCCAAUCCACGCCGCAGGACGAGAUCUCGUGCAUGUCGAUCGUGGGCGCAUCGAGGCUGCACGGCGAUUGCGGGAUUGGAUCCCGGGCGGCGCUGCGCGCGUCGCAAAUCGAUCCACAGAGCUCCGCGCCCUACGUGUUCUUAAGCUCUUUUUAA